AUGCCACCACGACCCCCGAGUAUAGUGGUGCGCCCGACUAGUGAAGAUAGGGUAGAAGGCAGUGCCUCAUCUCAAGAUCAAACUUCGUAUUCAUCUCAAAAUACUAGGGCUAGUCUGACAAGACGUUCUCGACGUUACACCAACCCUUUUGUAACCUCAUCAUUUUCAAGAGAAUCAUCUCCAGAUGGGGCAUCCGUUGAAAGGGCAUCCAGCACUGGUGCUGGGGAAGAUUCUGCUUCCUCUAAUCAACAACCCUUUAUAUCCGAAGCUACGAUGAUGAAUGAUAUAGAUGCACUCAAAGAAGGAUUGAAUUUUGCAUUAGGAACUUCUGAUAAUGAUCCAGGAUGGCUUCCUGUCUCCAAUAACGAUACUGGAGUAAGAAGGCCCUCAGCUACUCUGCGAGACUCAGAUAGUAUCAUUCCACAAGAUUUGACUCUUGAUUCAGGGGAUUAUACUGAGAACAUCCCACUAACCACCAUACCAAAGAGGAAUGUGCCACAAAAGAGCCUAUACGAUCAAGAUAGGACCAUGGAAACAUCGAGCUCACAGCCAUUUAUGGAGGGUACUUCCUCACCAUAUGGAAAUCCUUUCAGAACAAGACCGCCAUUGCUGAGGAAUCCUUUUGGUUCCUUGACGGUCAAUACAGAUCUUGAAUCUGGGUUGAGACCUGAUCUUCUCACACCGUCAAUAGAUAAACAACAAGUAGCCCCAGUACUGCCCACCCCGAAGAAGUUAACAGACGUACUUGCUAGAUUAUCUGAUCGUAUUGCAGCAAAAAGUGAAGUUGCAAAUACCCCGCAGACCGAACACCCCCCUGGAGGUGGCGACGAAAUGUUUCCGUCAACCACACCCCAUCUUUCAAUUAAUAGACCAACCUUGGAUAAAAAUGCAAGUCAUGGAGGUAGCUACAUAAGUCAAUCUACAAAGAAGAGUAAAGAUCAUAUCCCAAAGAUGACAAUUACGGAUGAAAAUGAUAAAGUAAGUUUUAUCGAAAAUAACCCAAGCGAGCUCAAUACUACCACUGCAACAGAGGGACUUGGGCUAUUUUUGGAUAAUGACCAUCAUGAGGAUUCAUUGAAGUCUACUUCCUCACUUGUGGAUCGAGAUGCUCCAGUCUUGCAUCAAAUUGGCCGUCAGAUAUUCCGUACUAAAUCCAAUGGUGGCGAAAGCAACAAACCAGUAAAUCAUCCCGAUUAUACCCCCAAUAGUUCGAAAGGAAAUUUUCAGCAUCUGGGGACUCCCAACGCCAGCUUUCAAACCUCUCAGGAUACCAUGUAUCUUUUCGGGAAUUCGUUGGGAUUUUUCAGCCCUCAAUCCAAAAUUCGUCAAAAAUGUUCUCGAAUUUUAUCUCACUCUUCCACAAACUUCACAUUAUUGGUCUUACUUAUCGCUCAAACUCUCUUCCUUACUUAUAGACAGUGGAAUCCCAAUAAACUCGGCGGUUAUGUUUCAAAGGGAAAUAAUUUUGCCGACUACAUUCUAAUGGGUAUUAAUAUUAUUUAUACAGUUGAAGUAUGUGCUAAAAUUAUUGCAUAUGGAUUGUUUGACGAUAGAGUGAUGUAUGAAGAAUGUGGACUUCCAUACCCACAAAAUAGCUUGAACUGGAAUUCAACUAAGCUGGUCUUCAAUCAUUUGUUUAAAAAUAUUGGGCUAACGAAAUUUCACAAGGUUCGUAGAAACCAACCUCCACAGGAUCGGAAUAGUGUUUAUAUGACUCCACAAAACGUUGUCAGUGAAUUAGAUGUGAAAGAAAUAAAUCUUAAUGAUAGUCGGAUCCAAGCGAACCCAUUUGAUUCUACACCGGUUCAAUUUACAGAAUUAGGCAAAAAAUAUAGAAUCAGCCUGCACCAUGAACCAAGCGGAAAAGACAGUAGUCCUGAAGGGACCCCCAAUCCUCGUCCGUUGAAUGCACAAAACACAUUUGUGUUGUCUAGUCCGAGCAAAAACAUUGAACAGCUUCAUCUCAAGAGAGCUUUCCUUAGAAGCAGUUGGCAAAGAAUUGAUUUUAUCUCCAUGGUUACAUUUUGGAUCUCGUUGGCUCUUUCUAUUAACAGAUAUGAUGUUAAGCAUUCUAUUAUGGUCUUCAGAGCAUUGAGUUGUCUUCGAAUCUUGAGAUUAUGUAACUUGACUACUGGUACCAGCACUAUCUUGGCCGCAUGUAAGCUCGCAUUGCCACAGUUGAUUGAUGUUUCACUUUUCAUUUUCUGCUUUUGGAUAUUCUUUGCCAUUAUUGGAGUUCAAACAUUUAAGUCUUCAUUGAGCAGACAAUGUGUUUGGACCAAUCCAGAUGAUCCAAGUGAUACGUGGAUUCACAGCAGCCAAUAUUGUGGCUCUUGGCUUGAUGCAAGUGGAACAGUAAUGCCAUAUUUAUUCAGCAAUGGUGAAUCCAGUACGGUUUCUAAAGGUUUUACUUGUCCAGUAAACUCUAAAUGUGUCAGUGGAGAAAACCCAUUCCAUGGGACUGUUAGUUUUGAUAAUAUUUUCCAAUCAUUUGAAAUGGUGUUUGUAAUCAUUAGUGCUAACACAUUCACAGAUAUCAUGUACGAUACAAUGGAUUCUGAAAACUUGGCUGCAUGUCUUUUCUUUAUUGGUACAAUUUUCAUUAUGACGGUAUGGCUUUUGAACGUCUUCAUUGCAGUUAUUGUUAAAUCGUUCGAAGUCACCAGUUUGGAACAAGAGCGAGAAAAAUCAAAUAGCGGUCAUAAAAGGUUCCAUAUUUUUGGGCCCGCAAACAGGGUUGUUUCAUUACACACUGAACGUAUUGACUUUUUGAAAGCUCAGAAUAUAUUUUUGAGAACAUACUAUCGAUUAGAAUUUCUCUUUGUGAUAUUGAUUGCAUUUGAUUUGUUUGUUCAGUGUUUCCGCAGCUUUUCUAUGAAUGACGUAGAAAGACAUACCUUAUACAGAUUUGAAUGUGCCUUCACUAUUGUCUUCCUUGUGGAAAUAAUUUUAAGGUUCAUCUUCUAUUUCCCCCAUUGGAAAAUGUUUUUCAAAUCAAAUAGAAAUAUGUUCGAUCUAUUUUUGGCUAUUAUUACUUCAGUGAUUAUUCUUGGACCUGUUAAGAAUAAAUUGGGUCAAGCUUAUUAUUGGCUUACAGUGUUCCAAAUUUUGAGAAUAUAUCGUGUUGUAUUAGCAACAAGUAUCACGAGAAAAUUAUGGCUCAAGAUUAUGGGAAAUUUCCAGGCAAUCUUUGAUUUGGCUUUGUUUUACUUUAUUUUGCUUUAUCUUGUUAGUAUUAUCAUGGCUCGUUAUUACGAGGGGACCAUCCCUGAAGAUGAAAUUGAUGGUAUUGAUUUCCCUAUGCAUACAUUACCGAAUUCAUUUAUUGCACUUUACGUGAUUACAACUACAGAAAAUUGGACCGACAUUCUAUAUGAGUUACAAGCAUAUGGACAUAAUACAUCUUCUAGAGUAUUUGGAGCAAUGUUUUUAAUUGGAUGGUUCGCAAUCUCCAACUCAGUGUUAUUGAAUAUUUUCAUUGCUGUUAUCGCAAGAACGUUAGCAGUCUCCGAACAAGGGAAAAGAAAACAACAACUUCUUCAAUUUAUUGAUAAUAUGACUACUAGACUACAAUCCCUUGAUCACGAGAAUGGUCUUUUAAGUAAAUUGAAAAAGAAAGUGUUUAACAAAGGAGGUAUGAAAGAUGAAUUAGAGAAGGCUGUUGUCAAUUUAUUACUUAGUGGAACAGCUGUAAAUGAUUUUUUGGAUAAGGAUUUUGUUUUAAAUGAAAAUAACGAGGAGAGGGAAGGAGAUGGCACAGAUAUUCGAAACAUACAUGCUUCCGGUUGGAAAAGAUGGUUUCAAUUGAAGUACUGGCACGCCAAGUAUCUUUUGAAGAACCCCUUCUAUACCAAAAGUGAGAAGGAUCAUGUGGUCUCCAAUUUUGAUCCUGCUAACUUUGCAAAAAAGAUCAUUACGGAUAGGAAUUUGCUCAUUACAAAACAGAAUACCUUUUUGAGGGAUAAUCCUAAUUUCAAUAAUGUUUUCUAUGUCAUGAGACCUGAUCACAGAAUUAGAAGAUUAUGCCAAAAAAUGGUUAAAUCAAGUUAUGGUGAAAGAAUAGACGGUGUUGAUCCAAAUAAAACAUUUCUGGAAAUCUUUGUGAUCAUUAUGUUUAUUGCCACAAUGGGUUUAGUAAUUACUGCUUGUUACUUAACCCCUCUCCUUAGAAAUAGUCUUGCCAGAGAACAUGGUACAUGGAAUUGGUCUUCGUACACAGAAGUUGCAUUUACUACACUUUUCACCAUAGAAUUUAUAAUUAAGAUUCUUGCAGAUGGUAUAAUAUUCACCCCAAAUGCAUACAUGCGGUCUUCUUGGAAUUUGAUUGAUUUGGUGGUAUUAGCAGCAUUAUGGAUUGAAUUGAUCUCUUUCCUUAAGAAUGAUGGUGGUUUAUCUAGAAUUGUGAGAGGUUUAAAGGCUUUGAGAGCUUUGAGGUUACUUACAAUCAGUGAAACUGCCAAGAAUAAUUUCCAUAAUACUAUGAUUUCAGGAUUUGGGAAAAUUGUGAACGCAGCAGUCAUUUCAUUUUGCUUAUUGUUCCCAUUUUCCAUCUGGGGAUUGAACAUUUUCAACGGACGGUUGGGAUAUUGUCUUGACGGCAGCUCUGAUAUGGCAUCUUGCUAUAAUGAGUUUGACGCAUCGGUAUUCAAUUGGAAUGUUGUGAGUCCCAAUGUUUAUACCAACCCAAUUUUGCACUUUGACAAAUUUGGAGACGCGCUUGUAUCUCUCUUUGAAAUCAUUUCCUUAGAAGGUUGGGUAGAUUUAUUGAUUGAUGUUAUGAAAAGUACCGGUGUUGGAACACCACAGCAGGAUUUUGCAACACCUAUAAAUGGUUUAUUUGUAAUGAUGUUCAAUUUCAUUAGUACUGUCUUUAUUUUGACCUUAUUUGUGUCAGUUAUUAUUCUGAACUACUCAAAAACUACAGGAAGUGCUUACAUGACAAAUGAUCAAAAAUCUUGGUACGAAGUGAAACUGAUUUUACAACAAGUAAAACCAUCGAAACGUAAAGUGCAAAAGGAUUUAUGGUGGGGUAGUCGCUUCUGUUACAGAAUGACGGUUGAAAAAAAUAAAUACUGGAAUGGUCUUUUGAGUUUCCUUUUGAUGCUACAUGUUAUUGCUCUAGUAUUAGAAACAUCGCCUACUCCAGAUGCAAUGACGAUAUUCAGAACUAUUGUGUUCAUCAUUACAUCCGUUGCGUUCGCCAUAAACGUUUCAAUGCUUCUUAUUGGUCAAGGUGUGAAAACGUUUUUCCAUUACAAGUGGAAUAUCUUCUACUUGGUAGUAUCCUAUGGGGCUACUAUUACUACUUUUAUUGGAUUAUUUGUUUCUGACGAAACAGUAUUCGUUAACAUUAACAAAUUAUUCCUUGUGGGAAUAUUGGCCUUUAUUAUUCCGAAAAGUAAUAGAUUGAGUCAGUUGCUUAGAUUCGCUUCCGCAAGUUUACCCACAUUGAUAUCUCUAUCAUUUACUUGGAUUGUUGUGUUUUUAAUGUUCGCAAUUGCUCUUAACCAAAUAUUUGGAAUGACAAAAAUCGGUCCAAAUACUACAGAUAAUAUUAAUUUAAGAUCAGUUCCAAAAGCAUUGAUUCUUCUUUUCAGAUGUAGUUUUGGAGAAGGCUGGAAUUUCAUCAUGAUUGACUUCACGGUGGUUGAACCAUUUUGCACUGUUGGUGCAAAUGUUGAUCAAGGGAAUGAUUGUGGAAACAAACAAUAUGCGUACAUUCUUUUCAUUAGUUGGAAUAUUAUUUCGAUGUAUAUCUUCGUCAAUAUGUUUAUUUCGUUGAUUCUUGAUAGUUUCAGUUACUUCAACAAUGACUCCACCUAUAUUUCACUUAUCCAAAGAGAAGAAAUUCGGAAAUUCAAACGGACAUGGCAAAAGUUUGACCCUGAAGGAACUGGAUUCAUUAAUCCUUCUGAACUUCUGAAAUUUUUACAUACUUUAGACGGUGCACUUUCUUUCCAUCUCUAUUCAGGUACUCUUGAAAUUCGAGAGCUUUGUCGUAAAUGGUUCAUAAGAAACAAUCCAGGAAACCCCUAUGAUAUAACAGUAAAGUAUGAUGCCAUAGAGGAGACUUUUGAAAGUAUGGAUAUUCCGAAGAUCAGAGAAAGAAGAAAAGUGUAUGAUAGAUUUGUGGAGGAGGCUCUUCUGACCAUGGAAUUAAGGGGUGAUCCAGGAAUUUCAUUCAGGAGUGUUAUAUUGCAGUUACCAUUAUACAUUGCAUUCGAAGCCGGUCAAUGUUUGAAUUUAAUUGAUUUCCUUGAAAGAAGAUUGUUGUUACAAAAGGUGGAGAAACGAUUACAUUUGAAGCGGGUAUAUGACUCCAUUAAUAUGUAUGCAUGUCGAUGGAAAUAUACUCAUGGUCGAAUGAAAGGUACGGAAGAAGCCAAUUUCCUUCGCGCAUCUAUUUAUAGUGAAGAUAUUAACUCUAAUACCUUCAAUUAUGAUAGCAAUGAACUGAACAAAGAUUCAAAUGAGAAGAGUUCAGGCUUUCGCGAUAUUUCUAAAGAGCACACUGGUUCUGAUGAUGAUUUCGAAUCUGCACCAGAGGAGUAUUAUGGAAGCAAUAUAUACGUACCAAAGUCACCUGUGCACUUACAUAAGGGUGAUAUGAGAAAUCGUGGUGUAAAAGAUCAACUUAAUAUUCCAAUGGAUAAAAGUAUUCCUUCACAAUUAUUUAUCAAAAUACCGGCCGAACUGCUGACAUUGAAUAAUGAUCACUCAAUUUCGCCAUCUGACCUUAGUCAAACGAUGAAAGAUGUGGAAAUCACCGUAACGGAAAGUGAAAGCCCUUUUAUAGAAAAUAGUGAUCACAGCCAUCGCAACUCUUCAUUCAUAGACAUCUCAACCAUCGGAGAGACCCUUCAGAAUACGCAAUGGGGUGAAGCAUUAAGAUCUGUUCACUCAGAUCAAUUAUCUGAAAAUGGAAAUGAUUCUAAAGAUUACAACAAAAAGUUGUAA